AUGAAGCUCGAACUCAUCUCUUCUCUCCUCCCUCUCAUGGUGGCCGCCGCUCCAGCAACAGCGCCAGCUGCUGAACAUCCAGCGGCCUUCACCGUGAUGGCCUCUCGCUCCGCUUCCCCCAUCCACUUCCUCCCUAUGAACGCCGCAGGCCAGUCAUUCUGGCUCGGUGGGUCUCCAGCAACAUACUGCCCGCUCCCUUCCGGAUGCUCUCCAGGCGACCUGACCGUCCUCGCCGGCAACGGCGGGUCCCUUAGCGUCACCGUCCCUGGCGGCCAACAGAUCUAUGUCUCCCCCGAGGGCGCCCUCAAGUUCACCCAAGCCCACUCCGCGAGCAUCCCCGCCGGCUCUUCCCGCGGCCCAUUCGAGUACGUCCCUGGUGCGGCCAACCAGCCCUUCGGCCACUACGUGUACUCCGGCUGGGGCGCGUCGGGCUUCAUGGCUUGCCCUACGGAGGAUAGCAAGUGGCAGGUCUUUGCCGCGCUGCAGAACGCCACUGUGCCCAGUGGGAAUGUCCAGGAUUGCUUGGGCUUCUCGGCUAUUGCGACGCCGACCAACGAGACCGGCAACGCGUGGCAGUACACCUAA